AUGGAACAGCAACUACGGGGUACUCACAAUCUAACCAAAAUGCUUACAGCCGCCAUGUCAACAACGGCAGCUCCAACAACCACUACAACAACCUCAACAACAACAGCAACAUCAACUUGUACAACUUCUGUCAUUUCCACACUAGCUUCCAGCAGCAACAGCGGCAGCAGCAGCAUCGGACUGGGCAGCAACAUGAGUGCUCUUAAUGCGGCCACAACAAUCGCAGCAGCCGUGUCUCUGGCCACUACUGCCAUCAAUACCACCAUCCCCACCAUGGCCAAUAGCCGACCCACUGUGGCAGCAGCGAGUUCUAGUGGUGUUCUUGACUAUCGCGGACCGGGGGCCAACAGCAACAGCAGUAACAGCAAUAGCAACAGUGGCAACAAUGCAACCAGCAAUAGUGUGAACAGCAGCAACAGUAAUCCUGCAACCACUUCCAAUGCCAGCGGGCCCCCUGCAACAUCGAUGUCGAUCUCAGCCAUGAAUAUGACAAAUGCCGCCAAUUUGGGAAUGAGACACGUUUCUUCAUCCCAUUCGUACAACAAUGCUGGAAACAGCAACAGCAGCGUUGGGAGCUUAAAUGCCAAUAAUUCCAUCAAUACCAACAGCUUGCAUCACCAGCAUCCAUCCCCGCUGCAGCAGCAACAAGCGCAACACCAGCAUCCUUCCCAGCAGCAGCAGCAGCACCAGCAGCACGCACAACAAGUGCAACAGCAUCUGCAUCAGUCGCACCACACCAGCGCUGCUGUGGCAGCCGCCCACAUGCUUGGCGUGGGAAUGAGCCUGGGCGCUGGAGGUGGUGCUGCUGGUGGCAUUGGACGAGGUGGGUCAGCGACAGCCAUGGCUGCAACAGCAGCAACAACCACAACUACUUUUACGACCACAGCGGGCACGGGCAUGGGUCAGCAGCACCACCACCCACACCCACACCAACAUCCUAGCAUUCAGAUUCAAGUGGGUGGCGGCGGCGUUGGCGUUGACGGUUUAAGUAGCACCUCCUCCUCCUAUGCGGUGCACCACGCGGCUCUCUACAGCACGCAUCACCAGUCCCAACUAAGGCGCGACGAUAACCUCGCCAAAACUAGCUGA